UCUCUCGAUUCGGACAAAACACCAGAGCUCCUCUCACCGUGACAUGAAGCUGGUUGCGCUGUUCGCCGUUGUGGCCGCGGCUGUUGCCGCCCCUCAGGACCAGCCUCAGGUCAACAUCAUCAGCCAGACCUUCGAACAGGACGAGCAGGGCAACUACAAGUACGCCUACGAGCUCGACAACGGACAGAAGGCGGACCAGGAGGGGCGCGUUCAGCCCGGCCCGGAGCCUGAGACGGGAUCCAUCGACGUCCAGGGCUCCUACGCCUUCCUCGCCGACGACGGCAACACCUACUCGGUGUCGUACCGGGCCAACGAGGGUGGCUAUCAGCCUGAGGCCGACUUCCUGCCGGUGGCUCCUUCUCAGAUCCCCGAGUACGCGCAGCUGCGCCAGGAGCACCCGGAGCUCUUCUGGGCCGAGACACAGCAGUAAAAUCCUAUAUCUUGUUUCAUUGUUCCGCUUAUAGUUCGCCAACGAGCCAGCCAAUGUGAUAUUGUUGUGAUGUUUGCGAUUGAUGAAGAAAGGUUCGUACACUUUAUACGAUAUUAUUAACAUCACCGUGGUGGCAAAUCGUGUUCCUAGGAGUGCUAAUAUGGCGCCCUUAUGUAUGUACGUGAUUGUGAUGUAAAUAUAAGGUAAAUAUAA